AUGGCGGCCCUAGCCUUCAAGGCCAUCAGCUACGGCGCAGAGCAGAUUCCCGACAGCUUCUUCCACAAGUUACCCGGCGGCUACUUUGCACCCCCCGACUCGAAAGAGGGCAAGAAGAGAGGCAAGCACCUGAACCGCAACGAACGAGACGCAAGACAACGGCACCGGAGCGAAGACCGGUCCAGUAAGCGCAGCUCCCGGCAAGAGCGCAGCCCGCCGACCGAGUACUCUGACUACACCGACGACACCGACUACGAGCGCGAACGCGAGCGCCGAAAGAGGGAGCGACGACGCGCAAAGAGCACGGGAACCACUGCUAGUAGGAGUCUGAGUCGCGGACGUCACGGGAGACACAGCAGCGACCUGGACGGGCAGCACAGCGAUUCAAGAGACAUGGCCUCACCUCAGCAGGGACAGCCUUACUUCCCUCCUCCGCCCACUUCCGAAUACAAGCCCUAUAAUCCGCAGGAAUAUGCACCGAGCCCCGUGCAGGACCGCCGCCCCUCUGUCACUCCAGCCUACGGAUACUCUCCUCAGCCACCACCCACAGAGCCACGCAACGUCUCAUUAGAUUAUGGCCAGUACGACGCGCCCCGAAGCUCUAGGUACGCUCCCGGCCCCGGCUACGCUCCCUCGCCCGCCGUGGAUGCGCCUAUCCCUCCUCCGCCAGUGGGAUCAAAUUCCCCUAUGAACCCUUACCACCACACCGAGUUCCCUGCGAGCGGCGCUGGCUACCAGCCAUCUCCCCCGCCCUUCAACCGCCAGCGCUCCAACUCUCAGCCUACUUUCGCGCCUGUGCCCAGCGCAGUCUACCCGACCUACGUGCCCCCAUCUGCUGAACAGUCGAUGGCCGCGUACACCGACACUCGCUCCUCCCGCCGUGAGAGUACCAAGCCUCGUCGCGAACAUCGCCACAGGGCUAGGUCCGUUGAUUCUCACUCCCAUCAGUCCCGCUCUAGCAAAGAUUCCCGUCGCGAUGACUCACGCAUGACUAAAAUGCGUGAUAGAUUUGACGGCAUGGAUCUGCGCGAAAAGAGCUUGGCGGCUUCGGUGGGAGGUGCGUUGGCGGGAGGACUCGCGGGCAGGUCCUUGGGUAAAAGUAGGCUGACCACACUGGCAGGAGCAGCUGCGGGUGCAUUGGGUGCCAGGCAGAUGGCGACACGCUCGAGAAGCGGAAGCGAUCGCCACUCCAAAUCCCGUUCGCGCUCCCGAUCACGAACGCGCGCGCAUGACCGCGAACGCAGCAAAGGUCCCGGCCUACGUGCUAGAAGCCGCAGCGUGAUAGACCGCCUCCGUUCCAAAUCGCGCGGACACGAUGAUCGCGAUGCGCGAAAGGAUGACAGGCGCGACCGCGAUCGUCGUCCAGAUCAUGGAUACGACUAUGGUCGCGAUGAUUACGACUACUUCAGCAGCGAUUCUGAGGGUGAUGGCAGUCCCGUGAAGACGAGGCGCCAUCGCAGGAGGGACUAUUAG